AUGAAAUAUAAAGAGGAAGUGUUACUUGAAGCUAUAAACAGUGUUAUUAGUUCACCUAAAAUGUCUGUUAGAGCUGCUGCUAAAUUUUUUAAAGUACCCCGAGCAACUUUGCAGAGCAGGAUAAAUGGAAAAGUUGAGAUUGGUGCAAAAGCAGGAAGAAAAAGUUUAAUGCCGCUUGAUAUUGAAAAAAAGAUACUCGAUUUUGCAGACAACAGAGCUAGGAUGGGCAUUGGUUUUGGAAAAGAACAAUUCUUGGUAUAUGCUGGCAAGCUUGCCAAAAAAUAUGGAUAUUCUUUUAAGAAUCGCAAACCAUCUAAUAAAUGGUGGCGACUACUUAACAAUCGACAUAACAAAAAAGUAACUCUUCGACAACCAGAAUCAACAGCAUCAGUUCGUCAUCAUUGCAUGAAUCUGAUAAAGGUGGCAAAUUAUUUUACUGCACUUAAAGAAGUCAUUAAAGACUGUCAGCCUGAAGUAAUAUGGAACAUGGAUGAGACAGGACUGCAGCUAGACUUUAAGGCGCACAAAAUAGUUGCUGCAAAAGGUACAAAAUAUUUACAUAUGAGAACAAGUGGAAAUCGAGAAAUGAUUACUUUAAUUGUUUGUGUGAAUGCAGCAGGAAGAGCCUUACCACCUCAUGUGAUUCCAAAAGGAAAGACAGUAAAAUCCCUUCAAAGUUUUCAAGUUCUAGAUGCCCCUGAAGGAACCAACUGGAGUCCAAGUGAAUCUGGAUGGACUAAACAAGGGAUUGCAAAACUAUGGUUUGAGCUUACAUUUUUAAAAAACAUUGGACCACAACGUCCACAAGUUUUAAUUUUAGAUGGCCACGAUUCCCAUAAUUUCGUAGAGUUAAUAGAUAUGGCCAUACAAAACCGAAUUGAAAUUGUUGAAUUACCUGCUCAUACAAGCAAUUGGCUUCAACCUUGUGAUCGAACUGUAUUUAAGCCAUUCAAUGUUUCAUAUAAUAAAGCAGCCCAGGAUAUGAUGUCUAAUCACCCUGGGUUAAAAAAAGCUUAUAUUGAAUCUGGCUUUAAAUCAUGUGGAAUCUUUCCAUAUAAUCCUUCAAUUAUUCCAGCUGAAGCUUACUUGCCAAACUAUGUGUAUUCUGAAGACAGGUUAAUUACUAAUCUCUUUGAUCAAAUUAAAACAGUUGAUAAUACAACAAUAGUUAAGCAGAUUAAGCAAACAACUGACAGCACAAAAGUACUUUUACCAGAUAUUGAGUUGGAACAACAUCUAAUUACCAACCCAAGAUUUGCUAUAGCAAAUGAUCACGACUAUUUAGCUGAACCAAUAACCGUAGUAGAACAUAGGAGUGAUGAUUUAGUGGAACUAAAUAUGAAAACUAUAGAACUAAAAGCUGCAAGUAAUAAAGCUACUAGUAAGUUUUAA